ACUGUAAACUUCGAAAUAUAUAUAAUGUUCAUAGGCGCCUAACCAAAACACAAUUUAUAACAUAUUUGGGACUAGAAAAAAUGUACAGUGGUCUCUGGUGGUGCUGAAGCUGAGUGAUGGAGCUGAAGGUGUGGGUGGAGGGCGUGGCCAGAGUGGUGUGCGGCCUAUCACUGAACACUUCCUGCCAGGAUGUUGUCAUAGCUCUGGCACAAGCAAUCGGUCAGACCGGCCGUUACAUUCUCAUCUUGAAGCUGAGAGGGACAGAGAGGCAGCUGGUUGCUGAUGACUGUCCUCUUGAGCACCUGGCUCAGCUGGGACAGCUGUCUGCAGAGGUCCAGUUCAUCCUGCGGAGGACCGGUCCCAGCCUCAGUGAUGGUCAGGACACGCCCAAAUCAGAGAGACGUUUUCCUCUUCCCAGACCAUCAGAACCGGAGCCCCUCAAACGCAACGAGCCACACAAGGCUCUCACCUUCAGUUUGGGUCCCUCAACACAUCCCAAAAGGACUAAACCAAACAGGGCCUGGUCUUCAUCACCCCGAGCCUCCCCAGAACCCCGAGCUUCCCCCGUUUCUUUCCUAGAACCUAAUCCCUCUUCCUCCUCUAAAGAUGAGGUGUUCAGGCAGAUUUUGCAGCAACAGAGGAGGCUACAAGACCUGGAGCUGCAGCUUCAAGCUCUGGAGAGAGAGACGGAUGUGUGGGAGCGGGAGAGGUCAUCUGCCACAGUUCCCGGUCAGACCUUGGUCCCUGAAGGGGAACUGGAGGAACUGGAGCAGCGGCUGAGGCAGAACGAGGCUGAGCUGAUGCACAGAGAGCACUGGGAGGAGCAGCUACAGGUGGAGGUGGACAGAGAACAAGAUAUGCACAGACGUCUGCAUCAGGUACACUCAUCAAUGGAUGAUCACAGUUAUCGGAUCAAGGAGCUCCACACCCGUUCUGAUCAUCUCGAAGAGGACAUACAGCACAGAGCCCAGAGACACAGGGUGAGCGCUCAGCCGCCAGACAGCACCCUGAGGCCCCUGCAGCAGGAGCUCCACUAUCGCCUGCAGCAGGGAGAGGAACUGGAUGCCACACUGUCAGAGACACAGAGGGAUGUUCAAACUGCAGAGGAAAGGCUGCAGGGCAGAUGGGAGACGAUUGAGGAGCUGAAUAAGGAGCUGCGACAGUGUGAGCUGCAGCAGUUCAUCCAGCAAGCCGACCGUCUGCACGCAGAGCAGACAAACUCACUGCCCGUCACUGAAGUUUACCUCAGGAACGCUGGUAUCAUGGAGUAGGAGCAGCCGAGUCACUGUACACCAGCAGACUGUUUAAAAUUAUUUCUAACUGUAGAAAACGUUUACACAUCCUUAAAGUCAAAGUAGUAGCACUGUGCUUUCUUGUUUUUAGUAAAUGUACACAGGUAUCAAAAGAAGAAGUACUGAGAGUGAGGAAGAGCUGAGUGUAGUUUCACUGACAGGGAAAAAGUUGUUCUUCCAGUUUUGGGGGUUUUCAUUCUUUCACAUCAGAUAAAGACAUGAAGAGAAAGAACGAAGGAAAGAAAGAAGAAUUCAAAUAACACUGAAACAUGUUCUCUAAAACCUGUAAUGCCUGUCCAGACCCUCGUGUGAGUGUUGUGUGUGUGUGUGUGUGUGUGUGUGAGAGAGAGAGAGAAAGAGAGAGAGAGAGAGAGAGAGAGAAGCCAAUCACUGCCAGUUUCUUUGUAAAUAAGAGUAGAAAUAUGUGUCUUUAUAAAAUACAUUUAAAUGUUGAUGCUACUGAUACAAAUGAAGGAUUUUUAUACAUUUGCUUGUUAAUUGUUGUGUCUAUAUUUCCUGCUUGAACUUGUCACAUAAAGUCUGUAUUGUAAAUCACUGCUGAUCUGUUCUUUGUUGUAUUCUGAGUUAAUUCAAGCUCACAUGAAGCACUUUAUCUCUGCUCCAUCAGGGGGCGCCACAGCUUCUUAAGCUUCGCAUGCAUCUCAUACAUUUACUGCACACAGCACUCCAAGAAUUAACAGCAGCAACAGCCCAGUGAAGUUGCUUCACAGACAAGCACAUGCCUUUAGACAGCAGACCUUUAGAUGUCAACACUGCUCACUUAU